AUCUUAAUUUUCACUACAGCUUGUAAUAUAUUAAAGAAAUGUCCAAGUUUAACGAAUAUCAAGUCAUCGGUAGACGUUUACCAACUGACUCUGUCCCAGAGCCAAAGUUGUACCGUAUGAGAAUUUUUGCCCCUAACGUGGUUGUUGCUAAGUCCAGAUACUGGUACUUUUUACAAAAAUUGCACAAGGUCAAGAAGGCUUCCGGUGAAAUUGUCUCCGUCAAUGUCAUUGCCGAAGCUCACCCAACCAAGGUCAAGACCUUUGGUAUCUGGAUUAGAUACGACUCCAGAUCCGGUAUCCACAACAUGUACAAGGAAUACAGAGACGUUACCAGAGUCGCUGCCGUCGAAACCAUGUACGCUGACUUGGCUGCCAGACACAGAGCUAGAUUUAGAAGUAUCCACAUCUUGAAGGUUGUUGAGUUAGAAAAGGUCGACGAUGUCAAGAGACAAUACGUUAAGCAAUUCUUGACCAAAGACUUGAAAUUCCCAUUGCCUCACAGAAUUCCAAAAUCCACCAAGUUAUUUGCAGCUCGUGCUCCAUCUACCUACUACUAAUCAAGUUAUCUAAUAAUUUAUAGCAAAAGAUGAAUAAAUAUAUUUUUGUAUAAAUAAUGAACAGAUAAAGAAAU